GUUCAGCAUCUCUUAGCGGACGACGUCUUGUCUCAGUCUGUGACAUUUGUUGUUUUACUAUACUUAAUUAGUAGUCAUCUUUUAUAUUAGUGUUUCGUAUUUUAAAAACUAUUGUUUUAUAUAGAACUAAAGUUAAGUUUUUGAAUGUGAGUGACUGUAAUGACCAUUUCUUAGUAUGAGUGGUGGUAUUGCACAGAACUCCUGAAAACGCCAUCUUCCCCGCUCCACCACACCCCGUCGUCUACAUCGAAGUAAACAUCUUUCAUGGGAGAGGGUCGAUAUCGGCCCGGGGAACGGGAAAUCGAGCAAACUGGAACUCAUGGAAUUAGAGAAUAUUGUUGCGAACACCGUCUAUUUAAAAGCGAGAGAAGGUGGAGCAGAUAGUAACAAAGGGAAGAGCAAAAAAUGGAAAAAAAUCUUGCAGUUUCCCCACAUAUCACAAUGCUUAGACUUAAAAAAUAAGAUUGAUCUAAGAUACAGUUAUGUGGUGGACCAACAACCUAUUGGGCGGUUGCUGUUUCGUCAGUUCUGUCAAGAAGCAAGCCCUGAAUAUCAUAGAUAUAAUGUCUUCUUGGACUCCAUCGAGCACUAUGAAGUGGAGUCAGAUGAAAACAGGGAGGAGUUGGCACAGACUGUGUACGACCGGUACCUCAAGAGAGACGCACCAGAUGCUGUGGAUGUACUCAAUACAGAGAUGAUUGUAUACUGCAAAGAGAAGAUCAACUCUGGCAACAGAGAACUAUUUACAGACUGCAUGGCAGCAGUGAAGACCUUCCUGGCUGGGGAACCUUUCUCCAAGUUCCAGGAGUCCAUGUACUUUCACCGUUACUUGCAGUGGAAAUGGCUUGAAAGCCAACCUGUAACAUACAAGACUUUCCGCAUGUACCGGGUAUUGGGGAAGGGAGGUUUCGGCGAAGUGUGUGCAUGCCAGGUGCGGGCCACCGGCAAGAUGUACGCCUGCAAGAAACUUGAAAAGAAACGGAUAAAGAAGCGCAAAGGAGAGGCUAUGGUGCUUAUUGAGAAACAAAUCCUACAGAAAAUUAACUCAAAAUUUGUGGUAAGCUUGGCUUAUGCGUACGAGACAAAAGAUGCCCUGUGUCUGGUGCUAACCAUUAUGAACGGAGGGGAUCUGAAAUUUCAUAUCUACAACAUGGGUGGGGACCCUGGCUUCGACAUCCAUCGAGCUCGUUUCUACGCUGCUGAGGUGCUCUGUGGACUGGAACACUUGCACUACCAGGGCCUGGUAUAUCGGGACUGUAAACCGGAGAACAUUCUCCUGGAUGACUCUGGACACGUCCGAAUAUCAGACUUGGGGUUAGCUGUCGAAAUUCCGGAGGGAGAAAUGGUCAGAGGUCGUGUGGGAACGGUGGGCUACAUGGCCCCAGAAGUGAUAGACAACGAGAAAUAUACAUUUAGUCCUGAUUGGUUCAGUUUUGGUUGUCUCAUCUAUGAAAUGAUUGAAGGUCAGGCACCCUUUCGGGCAAGGAAGGAAAAGGUCAAGAGAGAAGAGGUUGAUCGUAGAGUGAAGGAUGAUCAGGAGAAGUAUUCCCAUAAGUUCAGUGAGGAAGCCAAGUCUCUCUGCAAACAGUUGCUGAAAAAGCAUCCCAAGACUAGACUUGGCUGUCAUUGUGGCCGUUAUGGUGCUCGAGAGAUAAAACAACAUGAAUUUUUCAAGUGUAUGAAUUGGAAGAGGCUGGAAGCUGGAAUGCAGGAGCCACCUUUCAUACCAGAUCCUCAUGCAGUGUAUGCCAAAGAUGUGCUGGACAUUGAGCAGUUCUCCACUGUGAAGGGAGUCAACUUGGAUGCUACUGAUGACACAUUCUACAGCAAGUUCAACACUGGGUCUGUCUCUAUACCUUGGCAAAAUGAGAUGAUAGAGACAGAAUGUUAUAAAGAAUUAAAUGUAUUUGGACCCAACAGCAGUCCAACUCCUGACCUCAUCCUGGAUGCCAUUCCUGAACCGGAGAAGAAAGGCUGUUUCCCUUUUCGUAGAAAGAAGAAGCAGUCAGCGCGAACUAGGCCUGUGCCAGUGGCGGAGCACUAUCUGAAGCCUGUGAGUGCACCAGACGAUGUCAGCUGAUCGACCAAUCACACAAAUACGCUCACACAUACUUAGUAACUAAUUAUCCGACACCGCAUGGGCAGUCCCUUAAUAGUCAAACAUACAGUGAUGUAUGUUUUAUUGAAGAGGGAAUUUUAGUUUUAAUCCAAGUGUUAAUUCACUUGAUUUUUUGAGACAGUUGAAUAACGGCUUGAGUAUCUUUAUUUGAAUCAAUAUUUAUCUCCCAUGAAAUAUCGAGUUUAUAAAGUAAUUGAAAUUUUAUGUUGUGCUGAAUUGAACUGAACUUUUUAUUAUGUUUCAAGUGAUUGUGUAUAGAUUUCACUUUUCAUUUAUUUGGUUUAAUACUUGUUAAUCUUAUAAAAUAUGGUAAUGUUGGGAAAAAUCCACUUGUAGCUGCAGCUCUUUUUUAAAACCAGUUAGGUUUGAGGUGGACUGUUGGUGGAUGUGUUUUAUGCUUUAACAUGGUUCUGUCUUCUAUGAGGACAACAAAUGUUUGUCAUCUAAAUUCCUUUACACUCUGUGUCAUGGAGUUGAAGAUCAAAGUUGGUUGUCUACGUUUUAAACACCGGAUUUACAUUUGAAAUCUUUCUUUACAUUAAGAUCAGUAUUAUAUGACAAUUUCUCAGAGAUUUAUUAAUUUUUGAUAAUUGCAUGUUACAAUAUUAAAUCUGAGAUUGAAUAUUUCAUUGAUUUACAAGCUAACUUCCACCAAGAAUAUUAUAAUUACUUAUUUCAUCUUUAGUAACACAAUUGAAUUGAUAUUCAGAAAUAAUUAACUUAAAAUUACUGACUAAAAGAUUAUUUAUAAUAGUGUCUCAAAUUUAAAUUAAUUUUACAUGUGCAUAUCAUACUAAAAAUAUUUCACAUUAAGAUAAACUUCAAAUACUUUUUAAUACUUGUAGUACGGAACAAGUAAAACACAUUUUUUAUAAAUUUUGAAAUGUUAUAAAUCAUGAAUUAAAUUAAUUUUUAUUUGAACGUUUUUUGCUGAUACUUAUAGCAUAGAUAGAAUUUUUCGUAACCCUGGAUCUGACAUUUAAAAUCUGUACUGGCAGACACUACUUUUCUAUUUUUGCACAUAAAUAUAUGUAUAGUUAUUGAAGUAAAGUAUACAGUAAUAUAUAUGUUUUCUUGUUCAGUACUUUACAGGGAAUACACACACACAUUUGCACACAUUAUAUGUAGUAAAUGAGUUGUUUGUUUUAAAUUAGCAUCUUUUUGAACUCCCUUAAAAAACAAAAAAAGUCUAAAAAGCAAUUGCAAGUUAUGAAAAUGUUUUUAGUACUGAGUGAUGAAAAAAUUAUAUUAUAUAUUGUAUAAAUUACAAUUAUAUAUACAAAUAUAUCUUUCAUUGUAUGAUUAAAUAGUACAAUUUUACAUUGAUUAAAAUCUUCAAAUUUCAUGAUACACGAGCAAACUCAGUUCAUCAAGAACCUUAUAACAUUACUUGGUACAUUCCAUAAUGAAAACGUUAAUGUAGUUUUUAAAAUCAAAAACUCAAUAAUAACUCCAAAAAAAAUACUAGUGAAUAGUCGCAAGAUAGAAACAAUGUAAAUAACACUCACAGAGAAAUGCACAAUAUGGAAUUGAAAGAUAAGCAGUUGUUUCAAAAUGAGUGUUAUUCUUAAGCAAGGAAUUCUGUACAUGGAUUGUAGCUAAUAUUACUGCCACAUGAAUGUUUAUGUGACUUAUGAGAGAGUAAAACUCCCUUCUAUAUAAAUGGGUGAGCACAAUAAAUUGUCAAACCUAUGUUUGUAUUAAUUUUCUAGUUUUGUAGCUUAAGUACUAAGCAUUAUUGUUCAAUAAAUCAUACUUCAGAUUAAUUUAUGAAACAUUCCGAUUGAUUUUAUAUAAAAUAUUACCUAUUUAAAUGUAUAUUUUAUCUCCAUGAUCAAUAGUUUGAUUAAAAAAAUGAAUGUAAAUACAACUAGUCACUAUUCGAGGGUUGAUGCAGUUAUGGAGAUCAAGAGGUUGAGAUUGAGGUUUUGGCUAGGCAUUCACACACAAAUUACAUAAUUCUGAUGUCUGACUGUUCAGAUUUUAGUAAACAUAAUUGUAUAAAUUAAAUUUUAAACAUAAAACAAAAUGCUAUUAAUAAACAUAAUAUAAAUAAAAGACAAAUAAUUAAAGUUUAUUAUAUAUGAACAGUGAUUUAGAUACAGAAAGUCAGGUAUUUGGCUGUUAUAAUCUUUUUUUUAAAUUUGAGUGUUUAAUGUGGCUUAGUCCACAAAUAUCCUUACAUAAUUUAAUUGCUAACGGUUUUUACUAAUAACACUAUGAACCUAAAAAGUUUUUUGAAAUCAUUGAAAAAAUUUUGAAACAAAUGAAGACACUGAAAUCUGAUGUCAUUAUUUUUAUUAACACUUUGACUGCGGCAGACGCCUUACAGCGCAGUGGCUUAGUACUAUGUUCGUCAUCACUCAGUAUAGACCAGUAGUGAAGGUGAUAACCUAAAAACAAAUCAAUAAAAUAAUAUACUUUGGAUCUGUUGUCUAAACUAUUAACUGUGUGAAAGAUUGUAACAGUUCAGUAUUGGUAAGGGGCUGCCCAUGUCAGCUGCUUCUGUAAGAUACAAAUUUCAGGGUCAGUGGCGACAUCUCCACACACAGGACCUUGAUUUUUUAAAUUUUAAACUAUUUAUGUAAUGACCUUGUUGCAUGUGACUUGAUUUCUUAAAAUCCAGUCCAUAAAUAUUAUAUAGCAUAUAAUAAUAUUGUAACAAUUCUUUGGUGAUAUCAUUAAGUGGUACAAAUUGUAUCUUUCGGUUAUUUUCACACUAAUAAUGAGUAUAAAUACGAUAUGUAAGAUAAUUUAUAUUGUUUUUUUCAUGAACUAAGAUAGUAAGAUUAAGGUCAGAAAAACCAAGUGAUAAAUGAAGAGGAGGACAAGUUGUUUAUAUCUUCUAUCCAGGAAGUUUUUUAGUUGAAUUUGUUUCUUACAGUGGCUGGAGGAAAUCAAAGAGAAAGUUUUGCUUUUAAACUUAAACUUGGUUGUUUGUAAUAUAGUAGCAGCUGCAAUUAUGAGAGAUGAAACAACAGCAUAUAAAGUCAGGAUGUCUACUCCUUUGCUAUUUCAUAAAGAAACGAGCAUAGCAGUGCUAAACAACUUAUGUCUCGUAUUUAGGAAACAGACGGGUACAUUAUCAAAUAACACAACUGUUAUAAGCCGAGACUAAAGCCUCAUAAAUAGUGCUGAAAUAUUUGAAUUCAUUAAGUUCCAUCUUAUUUUGGAAAUGGAAAUGCAUGAAUAGCCAUGGCAAGGGCCAAGCUUGCUACUGGUACACAACCUAUUAAUGUUGAUUGUGUUAGUUACACAAGAGAUAACUCAUCCAAUGCUGUAAAUUGAGGUACAGAAAAAGUGAGCACCUCUGUGGAGUGUGAGGCACAGGUAGCUCAUGUCUUAAAUAUUUGCACAAUAACAAUCAAAGUUGUAUGGAACAGCUCUAGUGUCAAACCUCAGCACACCUCUUCUGUAUGAAUGAUUAAUCUCCUUUGUAACUAAUACAAUCAAAGCUAAUAGCUUCUCAAUACAGUUGUACUCAGGUCAAUGACCAGGUCGUGACUAAAACUAGAUUUGCAAGUUUCGUUGUUGUUUGAAAAUAUCCUUGACCUCAUAAUGACAUCAAGACCUCAUUCAAGUACAAUAUUGUUGUGAAACCUUGUCUGGUUGACAGCCGACGUAACUUGUGCUUUUGUUAUCAUAGAGAGGGUAAGUCAGAUUUGCUCAAGCAUUUUUAUUUUCCAUUAAGGUUGGAGUACUGAAUCCAUAUAUUCCAGUACUCUUUGAAAUGUAAAAAUCUUUGUUUUAUGAUGCUGUAUAAUUCCUGAUGUUACGGUAUCUGCUCUGCAUUAUUAUGCUCGCCAACAAAAGUUAUACACUUCAGCUUGUGGAAGGUAUUUGGUGUUUUUCUUUUUAGGCACAGAUUGAUAGCACAUUUCUGCUGUCAUUGAGUUACACCGAACUCAAUUUAAAAAUCAGGGUUAUGCUUUCUCUCAGAAUUCAUUAGAGCCACUCAAGAAGACAAACUGAACUAAAGAAAUUAGGACAAAGCAGUGUGCAUUUUAAUAUGUGAACUUUCUGUAUCCUUCAAUAUCUGUUCAAAUUUGAUUAAAUUGUGAAAACCCCCUUU